AUGCGCGCCCGCCUGCGCAAGGCUUCAUGCUUGAAUGACGACUCUUAUGACGAUACCGAGCACCACAAGGGCGGGGAACCGCAACCCCGGCCACCAACAACGUCCUCAAUACCAAAUGAUGGGCCAUCACCGCCAGAAUUAUCCGAGGACAUGAACGAGGGCGUGAUGGUGCAGCAGCAGCAGCAUCGGGAGGACGAGGACGACGAAGCAUCCAAACAGAUCCAGUCCCGCUUCUUCGCCCGCCUGCCGCUCGAGAUCCGACGGCUGAUCUACAAUGAGCUCUUCCGCGCGACCAACCCGCUCAUGAAGAUGCACCUCCACAGCUCCUACCACGGUGCUCAGCUCACUAUGACGCCUUGCCUGUACACGCCCAAGGCCAUGUUCUCGACGCUGGACGACGAGCGCGACCCGAUGCAGACGGAGCCGUGGCCCGGGUGGAAGGGCAGGAUUCAGCCGCCGCGGUGGUUCUGGUAUGCGUGGGGCCUGCGGCUCAAAUGGAGAGGCCACUGGAAAUGCCAGGCUGCAGAAAUGAUGCAGUGGAAGGCUCAGGGCGAUGGGUCGUGUGUGGAUCUGAGGAAGGGUGGGAGGGCAAGCGGCUUGAUGGGAGUUUUCCUAUGCUGUACAAGAAUGUAUGCCGAGGCGAUCGAGUGCCUGUUCGAGUCAACGGAGCUCAUCUUCACGGCUUCCGAGGACGCCUACCGGUUCUUCGUGCAGAAUCCACACAGCCACACGUCGAAGAUCCGCCGCCUUGAUUUUGCGUUUGACCAUUUCAAGGACCACCUCUUCCUUCAGCGUAUUGAGACUCAGCACCCGCGACUGUUGGUGGGCGGCGGCGGGGACGGGGAUGGACGGCUGCCGACCGCGCCGGUAUCGUGGGAACUCUGGAGGCCGUUGCUGGCGAGUGUGAGGUCCGGGACACCAGAGCUGCGGCGGUUCCGGAUCUACCUUAGCCCACCAUCGCCGAGGUGCGAUGACCUGGUCAGGCUGCUGGACGAGUGGGAGGCCGAGGGCUACGGGUGGGUGACGGAACAGGCGGACGGGGUGAUUUAUUAUGAGAUGCGGAAAAAAGCCCUACGGGAGUAUACUCGUUUCGGAGGGACUGCAGUGAUGGAUGAAAGGCCAUCUUAG